AAAACCACCGCUCUUGCCAGCAUGAACUCCCAAAAUCAGGAGGGCUGGCUGGCUGGGAAGCAGCGCUGGGACCAGGAUGGCUGCAGACACAGCUCCCUGAUGGGCUCUGCCAGGGAGCAGCACUGCCAGGGCUUUGUCCCCAGCCUGGGCACAGGAUGUUCCCAUCAUCUGAAAACAAUAGAAGGGUACCUCCAGCACUGCCUGGCGCCAGCCGGCUACGACACUGACAAGAAGCAAGGCCUGCCACCACCACCACCAGACCCAGCCUACGCACCCGGCCACGAGGAGUACAGCGAUCCCGAGAGCCCCCAGUCCAGCUUUUCCGCCCGCUACUUCAAUGGGGAGGCAGCAGUGACAGACAGCUACUCCAUGGAUGCCUUCUUCAUCACAGACGGGCGGUCGCGUCGGCGCAGCGAGAGCCAGCGCCGUGGCAGCCACCGCCACUCCUGCCCCGAGUGCGGCAAGACCUACGCCACCUCCUCCAACCUCAGCCGGCACAAGCAGACCCACCGCAGCCUGGACAGCAAGAUGGCGAGGAAAUGCCCCACCUGCGGGAAGGCGUACGUCUCCAUGCCCGCCCUGGCCAUGCACGUCCUCACCCACAACCUCAAGCACAAGUGCGACGUGUGCGGCAAAGCCUUCAGCCGGCCCUGGCUGCUGCAGGGCCACAUGCGCUCGCACACCGGCGAGAAGCCCUUCGGCUGCGCGCACUGCGGCAAAGCCUUCGCCGACCGCUCCAACCUGCGCGCCCACAUGCAGACCCACUCCGCCUUCAAGCACUACAAGUGCAAGCAGUGCGAGAAGACCUUCGCCCUCAAGUCGUACCUCAACAAGCACUACGAGUCCGCCUGCUUCAAGGGCUCUGAACACAGCUGUGCAAUAGGGAACUAGCCCCCCACCUAUGUGGCACAUCCCCAUUCCCAACCUCAUUCUUCUACCCAAUCUCCAUCCCUGACCCCGUCUCAUCCCAUACCCAUCCCUAUUCCCCUAAACAUCCCAUCCUAUCCCCAUCCCCAUCCCUAUCCCAUCCUGGUCCCAGUCCCUGUGCCAGCACUCCUGCAGCUGCAGCCAGCUGGUUUGUUGCUGUGCUGAGGCUGGAGAAAACAUCCCCACAGACUCACUCCCCAUCUGCUCCCUGGGAAAGGGGUCCCUGACAGUGGGAUCCAGCUCCUUUCCCCUGGGUCCCAGAGUACCCCCGCAGCCAGGCAGGUCUCUCUGCGGGGGACUCACCUGGGGACCUCUUCCAGACCCAGGAGAGAUUUUCCUCCCCUAGCUUGUGAUUUUCACCUUUAUUUAUUUAAUU